AUUUUAACUUCCGGGUUGUGUGGCGUUACAAAACAUCCAACCGGGUAGUUGUGGAAGAGGACAGUCUCCGAGAAAAACCCUGGAUAAUGAUGCUAUCAGAAGUCCUGCAGGUGCUGCGUGGGGCAGGUAAAGUGGGCUCUGCCCUGGUCACCACCCAGGGUGAACAGCUCCAGUUAAUGGCCUGCAACUCCACCCUGGGGGCUGGGGUCAAAGUUGCUCAGGAUGUGGUGGAAGGACUGAUGGGCACCUUUAUGGGCGGCAGCGCUGCGCAGCAGUCAGUAAAAGAGGACGUGUUUCCGGAUGUGGAGGGCUGGGAGAAUAUGGACCCUGAUGAGGCAGCCAAAUGGGCUGUGGGGUCCGAGUUCCCCCCUGAAUCUCCGGAGCAAAGCCAGACAGAAGCUGGAGCUGCAGCAGAGAAGUCAGGAGUUCAUCCUCCCCCAGGGGUAGCUCCUGCAGGAGCGGGCUGGCCCGGACAGAGUGCUCGCUUUCUCCACACGACCCGCGGUCUCCACCGGUACUACUACCAGACCAGGUCUGUCCACGACACGGUGGUCGCCAGACUCACACCUGAGGACAUCAAGAAAGCGAGGGAGGCCAAGCAGGCCCUGGCCAAGCCUGUCAGACAGAAGCUGAGUGACCGUGCCAAAGAGAGGAAGGUGCCCGCCACAAGAAUCAGCCGGCUGGUUAAUUUUGGGGGACUGGCAGUAGGACUCGGGAUCGGUGCCAUUGCAGAAGUGGCGAAACAGUCAUUUGGAGGCAAACAAAAAGGAGAAAUGGGUGCCCUGUUAGACUCUCCUCUCCUGUCAGAGGCCAAUGCUGAGAGAAUAGUCAGCACGCUGUGCAAGGUCCGUGGGGCCGCACUCAAGAUAGGACAGAUGCUUAGUAUUCAAGACAACUCCUUCAUUAACCCCCAGUUGCAGAAGAUCUUUGAGAGGGUCCGACAGAGCGCAGACUUCAUGCCUGCCUGGCAGAUGAAUAAAGUUCUGGAGGAGGAACUGGGGCCAGGCUGGAGAGAGAAGCUAUCGUCCUUUGAGGAAAAACCGUUUGCAGCAGCAUCCAUCGGCCAGGUGCAUCACGGGGUGUUAAAAGACGGUAGAGAAAUCGCCAUGAAGAUCCAGUACCCCGGAGUGGCAGAGAGCAUCCACAGCGACAUAAACAACCUCAUGUCAGUUCUGAAAAUGAGCGUGGUCCUUCCAGAAGGUCUGUUUGCAGACAGCAGCUUAGAGGUUCUUCAGAGAGAGCUGGCAUGGGAGUGUGACUACAAGAGGGAAGCAGAGUGUGCCAAGAAGUUCAGGUCCCUGUUGGAGGGAAAUGAGUUUUUUCAAGUCCCUGAGGUGAUCGAUGAGCUGUCAGGCCACAGGGUGCUGGCCAUGGAGCUGGUACAGGGAGUCCCACUGGACCGUUGCGUAGACCUGGACCAGGAGACCAGGAAUGAGAUCUCUUACAAGAUCCUCCAGUUGUGUCUCAGGGAGGUGUUUGAGUUUAGGUUCAUGCAGACGGAUCCAAACUGGGCCAACUUCUUCUACAACUCAGACACCAAGAAGGUUGUUCUGUUGGACUUUGGAGCGUGCAGGAGCUACCCAGAAUCCUUCACAGAUGACUACAUACAGGUGGUGCACGCAGCUUCCGUGGGUGAUCGAGCCACUGUUCUUUCCAAAUCGAAGGACCUGAAAUUCCUGACAGGCUUCGAGGCCAAGGCCUUUGCGGAUGCCCACGUGGAGGCGGUAAUGAUCCUCGGUGAAGCCUUUGCGUCUGCAGAGCCCUUCGACUUCGGCACCCAGAGCACCACCCAGCGCAUCCAGAGCCUCGUCCCCGUCAUGCUACGCCACCGCCUCACCCCUCCACCCGAGGAGACGUACUCCCUCCACCGCAAGAUGGCCGGCUCCUUCCUCAUCUGCUCCAAACUGAGCGCACGCAUGCCGUGCAGGGACAUGUUCAUGGACGUGUACAACAACUACAACCAGAGAAGGCAGGUGGCGCAGGCAGCACAGGCCACUGCUUAGACCCUCAGAGACUAGUUUAUUACCUAAAUCUUCUUAGGACUUUUUUAGAGUGGGCUGCUAAGUAAAGGGACAGAAAAGAUGUGGAGAUGUGGGAUCAGACGUACCUAAGACUUAACACUAUGUCAAUAUGUAACUGUGGCAACGUGCUCCAAUGAGGACCAUGGAUGUGCUUGACUCUCUAUGCCUGUCUCCUUUCAGUGCUACAGUCCAUCAGUGUGAGGGUGUAAUGACUGGACGACCCCACCACAACAUGUCACCCAUUGGGGCUCGACUCAGCUCUCACACACACAUAAAUACUUAUUAACUAUGAUGUGAAAUUUCAUCACUUUGACAAAGAGGGCGGUAGUCGAGUCAUAACAAAUAUUAUGCUGAACCCCAAAUGGCUAUAUUACUGAUUCAUUCUUUAUUAAUUGAAGAUUAUUUAAUUCAUUUUGAGUGUGUGUGAAUGAUCAUAUUGGCUAAAUGGUUACAUCUCUCUGUCACAGCAAACACACCACACACUGCUGCUGUUCAUUCAAGCCAGCUUUUGUGAAAAGGAAAGAUGAAUAUUCCCUCUGUGUGCUUCUGGCUAAAAUGAAUCCAGUCUGACAGCAAGGUCCAACAUAUUUCCAAGAGAAUGGGUAUAUUCUGUCUUAAGGACACAUAAUAAGCCCUGCAUUGCCUAACUGAUGCUGCCAAGUGCUUUCUUUUGUUAGAAGGACUUUGUGUGCUGCUGCCUGAUGAGUUGGCGAAUGAAGCCUUCUCCUAAAUGGGAUGACUGGCAGACUAUAUGAGCAGAUUAUCAGAGGAAUUAGGGAAGACAGUCUAAUGGAGUCCCAGUGAGUAAUGGCCUUGCAUUAUAAAAUAUAUUGACAUAAAACAACAUGUGAAAUACUGUCCUUUUUAUUGUUUCUUUAUGAGGGAUGUGUACUGUAACCUACAAGGCAGUGUGCUGUGUGUUGUUUUUUAUGAAAUAAAAUAUGAGAGAUUUAUUUGUA